AUGGCCGAAGCCGCCGCCCUAAUCGGCCUCCUCGCGGCCCUCGCCCAAUUCGUCGAAUACGGCACGCGUCUCGCAACGCGGCUCUCGGACCUCACCUCAGAAAGCUCCUCGUUCGCCGCAUUGCGUGCGCGUCUGCUCGCCGUGCUCGCCAUCGUUCAACGCAUCCGCAAACAGGCUGAGCGGGGUGUCUUGGGAGUGGCGGAUGCGGAGGUGCUGUUGCCGGUGGUCGGCGCUGUGGGGGCGGAUGUGAGGGCGUUGUUGGGGGUGGUGGAGAGGAGCAUACCGGUGGAGAAAGAGGGGGAGGGGGAGGGGAAGGAGAGCUGGGGCAGGAGGUGGGGCAGGGCGGUGAGGAGCCUUAGGGGAGAUAAGGAGGUGAGGAGGUUGGAGGGACGGGUGGGCGAGGGGUUGCAGGUUUUGGCGUUGUGGCAGACGACGACUUUGGUGGAGAUUGGGGUUGGGGAAGGAAGAGGUGCAAAAAUGAUGCAAGAGGGUUCUUGCAGGACUGCGGCUGUCUUGGAUGGGGAUGACGUUUCCGUAGCGUCUGUUGAGCGGACAGCCGAGACAGUGACGUUGGCGGCUCCGGCGAAUAGUGCGGCACCGCCAGAGAGUGAUCCAGAAGACGAUGACGGGGACCAUCUCGUCGACCCCGAGGAGGGCUACCAUUCCGCAACACAAAGCAAUACCCAGCUCAGCGUGGUAUCGAAAGCAUCGGAAAGCUCUGGCAGCACCGGUAUAGACCGCUGCUCCUCGACCUGCAGCUGCAUCUGCCACCGUCCCUACAGCAUCUCGACCCCGGCCGUCCUCGGCGUCCUCUUGGGCCGCCUCUCAGUCACCUCGAGCAGUCGCCCCCUCGCGCCGCUCCCCUGCUCAGAACGCAAAUGCCUCCGUAACACAACAGUAUCCACCCGUCUCACCUACCGCCUCCCCACCUGGCUGCUGCCCAUCGCACUGCACACGACCCUGACCUCCACCGCGCUCAACACAACCCUCAACCUCAACACGCUCCGCGUCCUCCCAGACUCGGCCCCGAUCUUCUCCAUCCUCUCGCGCGGCGACCUUCCCGCCCUGCGCGACCACUUCGCACAAGGCCGCGCCUCCAUCCACGACGUCUCCACCACCAACUGGACCCUCCUGCACACGGCCUACACGCUGGGUCACAUGCCCAUCGCGUCGUUCCUGCUGCAGCAGGGCGCCGACCCCAGCAUCGCCGCCGACAACGGCAGCAAUGUGGUCGAGCGGGCGUGGUUCCACGCGCAGAAGAGCGCGCGUGCUCCCGGCGAGUACGUGCUCUCCGACAACGAUGUGCUGCGGCAGGUGGACGCGGACGACUUCGUCGCGCAGCAGCAGUACUCGCUCGUGCACAAGGUGGUGCUGGGAUUGAGUGCGCUGCCGCUCGCCGAGGUGCUGCGCGGGUCCACGGCGGAGAUCGAUGCGGGGGACCUGCGUGGCGGUACGCCGCUGUGGUGGGCGGCCGCGCAGGGUAAUGUGCCGGCGGUGCGCACGCUGCUGGAGUUUGGCGCCGAUGCCACGGUUGGAGGGCCGAUGGAGCAGACGCCGUUGCAUGUGGCGAGGGAUGCGCGGACGGUUAGGGCGCUGUGCGAGGUGGAGAGUGUGGAUGUGGACGCGCGGGAUGCGUUGGGGAGGACGCCGCUGCAUUGCUACUGUUAUAAGCAGAUGGGCGCGACGAAGGCGCUGGUCAGGGCGGCGGUGGAGGCUGGGGCGCAGGUCAAUGCGAGAGCCAAGGGUGCGCAGACUCCGUUGCAUUAUGCCGUCAUGUUUGGUAAUGUGCAUUUGGUUGGUGUGUUGCUGGAUGCGGGCGCGGAGCUGGACGCGGUGAUGCGUGAUGACUUGACACCGCUCGGAGCAGCCGUGAGAUACGAUCAAGCUGAGGCGGCGCAGGUGUUGCUGGCACGCGGUGCAAGCGUCAAGUGGAGAGACUCGGGGAAAGGCGAGGUUCUCGAAUUGGCUGGGAGGUGGGCGGGUGUCAAGUGUCUAGACGCGUUGAUGGAUGCUCUGCACGGGCGCCAUGACGAUCUCGGAGUCAAUACCAGGGAAGCGAACAUCAUUUGGAAUGCUUACAAGAGUCGUCCGCUACGCUGGGAGGAAUUGGACCAGGCGUUUGGGAAGCUUCUUGGUACGAUGGGUCUGGAUGUCGAUCUCCUUUACCAAGGCGGCAAACAUGAGUGCACUGAGGAGGAUGGAUGUUCUGGCUGUAUGCCUUUACCCGGGGCUUUCUGCCCCUGA